AUGACUGACAAGAGGACAUUGAUAGCAACGAUCGCUGAUGAAGACACUAACACAGGUCUUCUACUAGCUGGUGUAGGUCAGAUCACCCCGGAAACUCAAGAUAAGAAUUUCUUUGUGUAUCAAGAAGGUAAGACAACAAGAGAAGAUGUAAGGCAGGCAUUUGAUAAAUUUACAAAGGAUAGAGAUGAUGUUGCCAUCCUUUUGAUCAAUCAACACAUUGCAGAAUUGAUUAGAAGCGAUUUGGAUGGGUUUACAUCCGCAUUCCCUGCUGUUUUAGAGAUCCCAUCGAAGGAUCAUCCUUACGAUCCUGAAAAGGAUAGCGUUUUGAAAAGAGUUAGGAGGUUAUACGGUGAAUAA